GUACAUAUAAAAAUUUUUAAAAAUGAAAAAAAAGUGAAAUUUGUCCUCUUUAUCUACACCAAAUCCAACUUUGAGAGAGACUCCAGUAACACUCUCUGUACUCCCAAAUUUCAUAACCCUCUCUCUCUCUCUCUCCACUUUCUUUGUAACUGAUUUGUGUUUUGCACUUUCCCACCCACAACAAAAAUAAACAAAAUUUGGUCUUGUUUACCUUUAACCUGGUACACUAGUAACCUUUUAUUAGUGUGAUCAGUCCAAAAAAACUGAAUCUUUAUAUAGUUUAUAAAGGAUACAAUAUGCAAGAUCCAUCAUCAUUAAUAUAUUCACAGAUCAAGCCUCAAUUCCCAGAUCAAGAAGUAUUGAAAUGUCCUAGAUGUGACUCAAUCAACACAAAGUUUUGUUACUACAACAAUUACAACCUUUCUCAGCCACGACAUUUUUGUAAGAAUUGUAAAAGGUAUUGGACUAAAGGAGGUAUUUUAAGGAACAUUCCAGUUGGUGGAAGCUCUCGUAAGAACUCGAAGCGAUCAUCAUCAUCAUCAAGUAGUAGUAAACAAUCCUUAAGGACAUCGUCUUUAUCACCAUCUUCAGCACAGAAUGGAAAAAUAGAGGUUUUUCCUACACCUGCUUUUCCAGCUUUUGAUCAGGAAAGCCCGAUUCUUGAUGCGAACGGGCCUUUUGGCCCAUUCCUGGUGUCCAACGGGUCAGAGAUAGGCAAUUUGUUAGAAGGUUUGAAUCCAAACGGGCCUAAUUAUUCGGGCUCUGAUGAUGCUGCGGCUCAAAGUGAGAAUAAUAGUACCAGAGAUGAUGAAUAUUUGGAUGUUCAGAAGGGUGAAGAUUCUAAUUGUUGGAAUGUUAAUACUAAUAGUUGGGCUGAUCUUGCUAUUUACACACCAGGUUCAAGAUUCCAGUAAUUAAUUACUAGUUAUUACUACUUUAUAGUGUCUAAAAGAUUAUGGUUAGAACUUGUACCAGUACUACUAGUAUUUGAGUAAAUGUAGUUAAGUAAAAUCCCGAACUAGUUGAGAUCGAUCGGUAUAUGUUAUGUUAUGCUACUUGGUUAAGUGUGUGUUAAUUUUAUUUAAAUAUUUUUAAGUUGCA